UCAGAAUGUGGUCUUGUGGUGCGGCGGCAGCGGCCGUGGUGGCUGUGGUUGUACUGGCUAGCCCGGCGACAGCGACCGUGGCCCGGUUUGUGGAGCAGACGGAUGUGCAGACUACCUAUGCCUCGGUCUUUUAUGUGGAGAGCGACGACUCGUAUGUGGUCAAGACCGAGAAUCACCCCUGGGACGGCGACUUUGAGAAGGAUGAGGCGGUGCGCAUCAAGUACACGCCGGGCUAUCUCGUUGCGGGCUGGGACCAGCUCCAUGUCAAGUCCAACUCUGCGAUGGAUGACGCUACGGUUGCCUAUGCUGCUGGCUACGGUGAGGCUCAACUCACGGCAGAGAUGAUUUACAACUAUGCCUACAACAACGGCUACGAUACCUUUACGCCAAACGAUAAAUUGGCCGACUACCUGGCGAAGAACCAGGCCUUUAUGGCUGCCUCCAUCGCCAGCAACCGCUCGGAUGCCAACGGCUACUGGUAUCACGUAGACCUGAUCCUGCGCCAGCUGCAGGGUGUCUGCGAUGGUUACAACAGCUCCGACUUUGCAAAGUCCUUCCCUUUGCCCUGUGAGUCCAUGCUUGCCAUCAAUCUCAUGGGUGACAUGGAGGAUCUCUCUGAUGCCUUGGCCUCGAGUGACGAGUGGUACACGGAGGACCGUUUCUUCCGUGCUACCCACUGCUCCGCUCUGGUCAAGCUUGUUGGCGGUGCCUCGAGCCCCUCGGACAUUUACAUUUCCCAGGACACGUGGUCCUCUCUCAACUCGAUGACCCGCAUCAUGAAGCGCUAUGACCUCAACUUUCUCCAAGCCAAGGGUGCUGAUGACCGCAUCGCGGGCUCGAGCAUUGUUUUUUCAUCCUAUCCGGGUUCGCUCUACUCGGGUGAUGACUUCUACCUGACCUCAGCGGGCAUGGCUGUCAUUGAGACCACCAUUGGCAACAGCAACCCUGAACUGUACCAGUACAUCGUGCCCGACACGGUUCUUGAAUGGAUCCGCAACAUCAUGGCCAACCGUCUGGCCUCCAACAGCCAGACCUGGUAUGAGGUGUACCGUCAAUUCAACUCGGGCACUUACAACAACAUGAACAUGAUCCUGGACUACAAGCAAUUCAAGCCCCAAGAGGCUCUGCAAGACGAACUUCUUACCAUCGUUGAGCAGAUUCCUGGCACUGUGACCAAAACCGAUGUCACGGGCUAUCUCCGCAACAUGACCUAUUGGGGUAGCUACAAUGUGGCCUUUGACCAAAACAUCCGCGAGCUGAGUGGUGCCAACCAGGCUGAGCAGCUCUAUGGUCCUUGGUUUAGCUACUGGAACACCAGCCGUGCGCUGAUCUUUGCACGUGAGCAGAAGAACGUCAGCUCACUUGAGGACCUUAAGCGUCUCAUGCGUCUCAACCAGUUCAAGACUGAUCCUCUGUCUGUCCAGACUGCCACCUGCGAGUACCGUGGAUGGACCAACUGCACGCCUGCAUACACGGCGGAGAACGUCAUUGCUACCCGUGGAGACUUGAAUGACCCGAAUGGCAUUUACAGUCUGUCAUCCUUCGGUUUGCGUAAUCAUGUGGCAACAGACUCAAAGAUCUCUACCUUCUCCACCUACGAUAGCAACAACCUCAACGUUUGGGCCAUCAGUGGACCUACAAACGGCCCACCCCCGAACCAGCCCGUUUUCAACUGGAGCACUUCCUAUUACAAGGACACCCGUCAUCGCGGCAUGCCAGAGGCCUUUGAUUUUGAUUGGGUCAACUUCAACUGGCCGUUUUGA